GUCGAAGUUUAAAGAUGCACCAAGGACGGUAACCUGGGUGAUGGGUCGUCACGUGCAGAGAAUCAUCAUGGUGCAGGUUCAGUUCAGCCCUACAGCCCGCAUGCAUGGACCCCAGCUUUCCUCCACCACUCCCGACACACAACACCCACUUACUCCCCACACAUCGCACACAAAACACACAAGGCGCGAAGCACAGAAGACUCCGCUCACACUCCCAAGCUAUACCAUCGCUCUGAUCGCGCUCCGCGCGCCCCAUCCCCAACCAUGCAAGGGUUCAAUAUGGGGCGCUAUUAUGCGCCCGACGAAACCAAUCCGCCGUCUUUUAAUAAAAAUUCGCAUCCGCUGGGGGCGCGUGCUAAGAAAAUCAACAAAGGCAUCCUGACAAUACGCUUCGAGAUGCCCUUCGCGAUAUGGUGCACGACCUGCAAACCCGAAAGCAUCAUCGGGCAGGGCGUGCGCUUCAACGCCGAAAAGGAGCGCGUCGGGAACUACUACACCACGCCCAUCUACCAGUUCCGGCUAAAACACACGGCGUGCGGUGGCGAAAUCGUCUUCCGCACGGAUCCGCGCGCCACCGAGUAUGUGGUUGAGAGCGGCGCACGGCGGCGGGAUUACGGGCCAGCGCGGACGGCGGACGAGUUCGGCGAGGGUGGGAACGAAAUCCUGACGCCUGAGGAGCGGGAACGCAGGCGCGAAGACGCAUUUGCGGCGUUGGAGGGCCGGAAAAAUGAGCGUGAGCAACGGCACAAAGACGAAGAUCGCGUGGAGCAGUUACGUUUGCUGCGCGAUAAGGAUUGGGGAGAUCCUUACGCCAGGAGCAGUGCGCUGCGGAAGAACUUCCGGGCGGGACGGAAAGAACGCGAGAAGCAAAACCUCGUGCGCGAAGAGCUGCAAAAUAAAUUUGGCCUCGGUGUGGACAUUGUCGACGAGAUCGAGGAGGAUAGAAGGCGCGCGAAACUGAUCGAGUUUGGUGCUGAAGGAGAAGGCGAGCGCGGCGCGCUGGAGCGAGCAGCUGCCAAGCCCCUGUUUGAGGAGGCGCAAGAUAAGACAGCCCCCAUUGUCAUUAAAGGCUUGACGAAAGCUGCACGCAAGGCGGAUCAGAGCAAGGCCCGUUUGCAACAGGCACUUGCUGGUAAUACGCGGGCGACCAUGGACCCAUUUCUGGGAGUCAAGAAGCAGAGAGGAUCCCACGUCAUUGCCGGGCUGAAAAGAAAGCGGAAGAGCGAUGAUGUUGAUGAUGGCAGUGAGAAAAACACUGACAACGACGUCGAUGAGCCAGCUGCGAAGAGAGUUGCACUAUCAGCGAAAGAGGAGAAGGCGGAGCAAACCAGUGCAUCAAGCACGCCAAACCCUCGGACGUUGGUGGGAUACGACUCGGACUGAACAUUGUAGGCGUUUGGAGCGGUGAUGUUUGCUUGAAGAUACAUAUAGACGGUCAGCAUUUACGAAGUACGAAAUAACGAAGGGAGGGCAUGGGGAAGAGUAGUUAAGACGUUAGAUACCCCGCGCAACAGAAGCGCAAA